AUGCCUCCCAUCCACCCCUCUGCCACGCUCCUCCCCGCCAGCACCCAAACCACCAUCACCACCUCAGACCAAAAUGCCGUCCCUCACACCCACCUCUUCGGCCGCUCCAGCUCAACCUGGACCCCAGGGUCCGGCACCGUCGAACCAAGCCACAUCAACAUGAAAGGCCUAAUGGCGCUCUUCGCCAUCCUCGGCGCGGCUUUCGUCCUCGCCGCAAUCUGGUUCUUCUUCUGGGCCAAAAACGGCGGAUUUAUCUGGCGCAAAGGCGACUGGGAAGAAUACAAAUCGACCGUUCUCCGCCGCAAAGGCCCCGACGGCCGCACCUUAUCCAACGCCACCAAAAGCACCAAACUCGGCGGCGGCAGCGUCUACCACAAAGGCUACACCGACGAUGGCUACACCUACACCGACGAAACCGCCACCAACCUGACUGAAAAGACCGGCGUAACGGGGGCCACCUCCGCCGAGAAAGAACGCAAACGGCGCCGCAAGCUCCGCGAGAAAUUCCGUCGUCGGCGCAAGGACGACGAAAUGACUGCGAACUGGGAGAACGAAGUCGACGAGGACGUUGCCGCAUACAGAAAGGAAAAAGCCGCCCGUGUCGGGGGCAUUAAUCGCGAGGGAGAGGGAACCUACUACGGCAGUGACUACGACCUCUCCAACCCAGCGAGUCAUUACAACCAGAGCGAAAUCAGCGGAAGUCAGGUCCGCGAUUACGCUUAUGAUCCGGCUCCGGCUCCGGCUCCUGCUAAAGCGCCAUCCCGGAAACAGAGCAGACGACGUGACUUCUCCUUCGUACCCGGCAGCGAGGACACUCUCAGCCAGGCACCGACCCGCGACGACCACCGCGACCGCCGUCACAGCCGCGAACCCUCAGCGAGAAGACAUAAUCGUCGGCGUGAACGACGCAGGAAUCCCCCGCCGAGUGAGUCCUCCGGAUCACGGACUAGUAGUCCCCGCAAGCGGGAGAGACAGUCCGUGCGGGGCCACUACACGGAACCGUUGGAUUUCUCGUCGUCGGCGCCGUCGAGGUCCGAGUAUCAGUAUUCGAAUGUGGAUACGGAGGAUACGGGGACUAGGAGUUAUCAUCAUCCGAUUCCGGGGUUGAGUAAGGGGUAUAGAAGGGAGGGCGGGCGUGGGAGGAGAAGGGAUAGUUUGAGUGAGAGUGAUUGA